AUGGGUAUCUUUGCAUCUCAAGAUCGUUUGCGGAGACCAUUUUCUGCAUUUGAACGAAAAAGGAACUUCCAACGAUGUUCUACUGAUAAUUCUAAUUCUCUUUAUCCUGAACAUCGUAUGAAUGCACAAAAUAAUUCGAAUAUGGUUAAAACUCAGUCAACAUUUCGAUCAGCAGCAUUAUGGUGUUGCGAUCUAUGCUUAUCCGAAAAUCAACAUUCUCUUCAGCACUGUAUUUUUUGUGGUAAAGAGCGAGUCAAACCGAAUAAACGAGACCAUUAUUCACCUCAUGCAAGAAUAAUGUCCGCUAUGGAAACAGAAUCGAUUGCUGUUCGUGAUCAUCAUGAAAUGGAUGAAUUCAACAUAGAAAAAAUAUCUCGAGAUGUGAUCGCUUACUGUCAGAGACAUAAUAUGGCUUUUGUGGAUGACCAAUUUCCACCUUCUGAUCGUUCCUUGGGUAUAUCGCAUAAUGAUCACACGAUACAAUGGUUGCCACUCUCUAAGAUAGCACCAUCAACACAUCUUGACGAUUAUCUACCGUGGACAAUCUAUGAUUUGCCAGAUCCCAGCGAUAUCCAUCAAGGUAAACUCGGUGAUUGUUGGUUGAUGGCUGCAUUGGCAUUAAUCACUGAACGACCCCAGAUGCUUCAACAUAUUCUUCUGACAAAAAAGGUCAAUCGAGAGGGAGUCUAUGUUGUACGUAUUUGUCACAAUGGUAUAUGGACAGCUGUACUUCUCGAUUCAUAUUUUCCGUGUACAUUUGAUAGCGAACUAGCUUAUAGUCGAGCUGCACAUCGUCAAUUGUAUGUUUCAUUGAUUGAAAAAGCAUGUGCGAAACUAUUCGGCUCGUAUGCAAGUUUAUCAGAAGGCUCUAUGGCUGAAGGUCUUCAGCUGUUAACUGGAGCACCCUGUGAUCAUAUCAAUCUCCAUCCAAUAGAUGAAACGUUAGAUUUUGAUAUUGUUUGGGCUAAACUUCUGUCCGCUUGUGAAUCCAAACUCUUAAUUGGUAUAUCAACCAGUUGUUCAGAAAUUGAUCAACAGGCGUAUAAAGACGCUGGACUAAAUCCUAAUCAUGCAUUUACUGUCUUGGCAGCUAAGACAUUGCCAGUCGAUGAUGGUCGUUUUCUACUUGUACGUGAUCCACAUGGAACUUCGAAUUAUUCAGAAGAAUCGAUCACACCAUUGAUGCGAACAUAUUUACGUGCAAUGUAUGAUCAAAUGCCAAAUUCUUCUGGAAUUUUCUGGAUAUCAUGGUUCAGUUUCUUGCGUUUCUUUCAGUCAAUAACUAUCUCGACCUAUGUCAGUACUCAUUUUGAUAUUCGUGAAGAAAUUCAAUUUACUCGAUCGCCAAUAGACAAAGUUCCUGCAUAUUAUUUUGUUGUAGCAAAAACGUCGUUGAUCACAGUAAGUCUCAUUUAUCAUCGUCGUGUCCGAAAAGAAAAAAGUCGACAUACACAAUCUUUUGUAAUUUGUAAUAUCGAAGAAGACAGGAGUGAUGUUGGUACCAAGGAGGUGAUUUUUCUGAGUCGUCGUGGCACAUUUACCUAUUGGACUGGAACGUUACCACCAGGUGCCUAUGUUAUUAUUCCAUUCUCAGUUAGUCUUUGGAAAACGAAUAAUAUUAGAAACAAUGAAAGAACUAGAUCUUGUACUUUAGCCAUACAUUCAAGUAUUCGACUCGAUGGUGCAUUACUAGAAGAACCAUCGACAUUACUAGCAGAUUGUAUCAUAGCUGCAGUCAUCAAAUAUUGUGAUAAACCAAAAUAUAAUGAUUCUUCAAUUAUAUAUAUCACACCACAUCACUUUCAUACCAAUUUGGUCGUUGUCCAAAGUCUACUAACAAAUUACUAUCUCACUUUCAAUAUGAUAAUCACUAAUGCUAAUGGUAUUUGCCAUUCUCGUGACGCUUUUCAGACUGUAGAUUGUAUUCCACCUCUUCAUCGACAAUUGAUUUGCAUACUUGAAUGGAAUAAUCAGCAAGAUGAUUUUGCACAUGUGUCUUAUAUGACGUCUGAACAAGUUAGUAUAGGAUGGCAUCCUGCAAUGCCUGCUAUUGAGAUUGAUCGAGAUGAUAUACACUCGCCACGACCUGUUUGA